AUGCCAUUCUGGACCCAUCGACUACGUCGAUUUCGUGCCAAUCGUCGCCGAUAGAGGACUCGCUUGCGAUCGGGACGAACCUCGACGAAGCGGCGGUGCGGGUGACAGAGGCAACGGCUGGAGCAACGCGUACCGCAUCGUCGUCGUCGUCGGUCACCAGCAGCAGCGUCCAUCUGAAGCCGCACCAGAAGCUGACCAUCAAGACAGUUGUUCUCGGCACAACCAGCAGCAGCGUCAACAGUGCUGGUCACCACGGGGGGGCAUCCGGAUCAUCGUCGUCCUCCUCGUCGCCGUCCUCCUCCUCCCCGUCGUCGAUCUCCUCGCCACCGGUACCGGCCCCCGGGCUACGCUUCGGGCUCGGUGGCGGUAAACCUUCGGCCGCGGCACUACGGCGAGGACCGGGACGGCCAAAGAAAGAUUUCAUUCCUCUGCUGAAGAUGUCCUCGUCGGCAAACGGAGCCGGCAGCAGCGUGGCAGGAAGUGCGGCCACCUUUGGGCCGGCCUCAGCGAUCAGCAGCGGUAGCUUGGGUAUCAGCGGUACGACGACGAUCAUCAAGCUCACCCAGGGUGGUGGUGGCGAUCGCGGUGGGAUCACGGCCGGCAGCUCGUCACCCUCGUCCGAGGCGAGCAAAGCGGUUAAAAGAUAUAAGCAUACUAAUGUUGUUCGUGGUGGUAUCCCUAAAAGGAAAGUGGAACUAGCGCCCGUUGCAAUGCAAGAAACGGCCACCACCGGCGGCGGCAGCAGCAGCAGCAGCGGGAGCCCGGGAGCGGCGGGAGCCACCGUGCUUCCCCUGUCCUCACCGACCACCACUACCUCCGGCUCGUCGGCCGGGUUCGCGUCCGCUCUGCUGGCGUCUCCGAACGACGAAGCACCGCUCACCGGUGCCAGUAGCACCGCCAACAGCUCCGUGGCCUCGACACCAACCGGCGAGCUGGAAGCGACCGACCCGGCCCAGCUGAUGCCGGCUCCCGAUGAGCUACCGUUCUUCCCGGAGAAGUACACCGGCAAGCCGUGCAUUCUGUGCAACCUCGGCGAACGCAGCCAGCUCGGACAGGGCGAAAUGUUGCGCAUCGAGAUAACGAUUCCGGCCGACCAGCUGGCGUCGGCGCUCACGCAGGAAGACAAAACACAUUCCCUUGCAGGCGACCGGAGUCCCCGGACGAUGGCCAGCUUAGCUCCACCGUUCCUGGCCAACAGCAAGCGGCAGAAAGGCUCCAACAAGUGCAAAAAUCCCAUCGCAACCGCAGAGUAUACGGAUGAGCUGGAAAAGAUCGGCCACCUGGAGGUGAACGAUGCGUCGUUCAUCAACGACGGUGGCUACUUCUACAUUCAUCGGUCCUGCGCCCUCUGGUCGUACGGUGUCGGCCGGGAUUCGCUGAGCGGGACGCUCAGCAACCUGGAGGUGGUGGUUGCCCAAAGCCUUAGCCGACGGUGUCACUUUUGUGCCCAUUUCGGCGCCACUUUGUCGUGCAAGAUGUCCUGCCCGAAAUGGUACCACUUUCCGUGCGUGGCCGCCUCGGGUGGCUUUCAGGUGAUCCAAACGUACAACAUCUUCUGCAAGGAGCAUCUCGGACAAGUGCCUUUAGUGUGUGCGGAGGACAUCAACUGUCGGCAGUGCUCGGCGCUCGGUGAUGUCGGCAAUCUGAUCAUGUGUUCGAUCUGCGGCGAUCACUAUCACGGCACGUGCGUCGGACUGGCGCAGCUGCCGGGUGUGCGCACCGGGUGGCAGUGCAAUUCGUGCAAAAAGUGCCAAAUCUGCCGUGUACCUGACUCGUUCGAGGGCCGCACGGUGGCGUGCGAGCUGUGCGACAAGAUUUACCACGCCAGCUGCCUGCGGCCGAUGAUGACCUCGAUACCGAAGCUUGGCUGGAAGUGUCGCUGCUGCCGGGUGUGCUCGGACUGUGGAGCGCGCACGCCCGGGGCGGGUGCUUCGUCGCGGUGGCACUCACACUACACGGUGUGCGACUCGUGCUAUCAGCAGCGCAACAAGGGCUUCUCGUGCCCGAUCUGUCACCGAGCGUACAGGGCGGCGGCUUACCGCGAGAUGGUCAAGUGUAGCGCGUGCUUCAAGUUCGUUCACAGUACCUGCGACCCGGACGCCGAGCUGUCGGUGUACAAUGCCCGGAAGGAGUCGAACCCGGACUACGAGUAUCUGUGCAGCCCGUGCAAAACGGUCAUCCACAAUGGGCGGCUUGCGGCGGCCUUGCGCCGUAGCACCAGUGUCGACGACGACAGCGCCAGUAUGGCGCUCUCGCAGGACAGUCUCGUGGCGGAGGACGCGAUGGAAGUGGACGGUGUGGAGGGCGGCGCUACCAAUACCGGACGCGAUCGCUUCGAUCGGGCCGCCGCACCGUUGCAGGAUGUUGGCCUAGGAAAGGGUAAACCGUACGUGGCCAGUAAGAUUGCAAAGAAACGCCUCGGCCUGGCGCUCGCCGGUGUUGGUGGUGCCGGUAUUCUGGGUGGCAACCGACCGAAGGGCAUUGGCAAAGGGUUCCAGAAAAAAUCCCGCUUCGCGGAUAUGACACGAAAGCGAGGAUCGAAGGCGAAAAUGCGAGGCAUUUUCGGUGUUCCCGGGUUGGGUUUGCAGCGACCAACGGUCGAUCUGAGCGCAUCGACAAAGGCGACGGAAGACGAACCGGGUGGCGAGAAUCGGCUGGUGCUGUGCUCGGCCAAGGACAAGUUUGUCCUGACGCAGGACAUUUGCGUGAUGUGCGGGGCGAUCGGUACCGAUCAGGAGGGAUGCCUGAUUGCGUGUACCCAGUGCGGCCAGUGCUACCAUCCGUACUGCACGAACGUGAAGGUGACGAAGCUGAUUCUGCAGAAAGGUUGGCGUUGCCUGGACUGUACCAUCUGCGAGGGUUGUGGUCAGCGAAACGAUGAGGCGCGGUUGAUUCUCUGCGACGAUUGCGACAUCUCGUUUCACAUUUACUGCAUGGAUCCGCCGCUCGAACAUGUUCCGCAUGGGACGUGGAAGUGCAAGUGGUGCGCCAUGUGCCAGAAGUGUGGCACCAACAGUCCGGGUUUCAACAGUGGCUGGAUGAACAGCUACACCGAGUGUGGCCCGUGUGCCAGCCAGGCCAACUGUACUUCCUGUAACGAAGGGUACGGAGAGGGGGACCUAAUCAUCCAGUGUCACCAGUGCGAACGGUGGCUGCACUGCGCGUGCGAUCAGAUCAAGAACGAAACCGAAGCGGAACGGUGCGCCGAAGAGGGCUACAAUUGUGUCGUUUGCCGACCGGCCGACCAACCACCGCCCCAUCUGGUGCCAAAGCGGAAAAGUCUCACGUCGCUCGGAGCAUCCUCUGCGGCGGCCCUCGGAUCGCUAACGGCACAGAAAGGGGCCGCAAAGUUGGAGGAAAAAGUCGUUCCGCUAGCCCUCGAGGGCAACCACUACGUCGACGGCGUGUGCCUGAGUGAACACGGACUGCACCAGAUCAAGGCGCUGCAGGCCGAGUUUGGGAAGCGCGGCAAGCGGAAACCAAAGCUACCGGUGGAACCACCGGUGGCGGCGGAGAAAGACGCGGGAAUACUGGCCGCCAUCGAGUCGGUCGUUUCCGGCAACAGCCACGACAAUUCGUUCGAAGAUAUGCGCCUCGAGCCGCUGGACCCGAAGGAGGAAGCCGAAAUCUACAAGGACGGCAUGCCGUGGAACGAUCCGACGCCCCCGGAAGGGUUCGCGCUGUUCACCACCGAGGGUGGCACCGUGGUGCUGCGGAAGAAACGACAGCGUAAUCUGCAAAAACUAGGCAUCGGCGGUUUCUUCGUGCGCAACCGUGCAAUCCGGACGAAGGACGGAUGCAAGGACGACGAGGACGGGCUGGGCGAAGGGUUGGAUGACGGUGCAGACGGUGGAGCUGUGACGAAACCAAAGAAGAAGCCAAUCCGGCGGAAGCCGAAAAAUAAGCUCAUCGAAAUCUACCCCAACAUACUGCAGGACGCGUUCUUUGGCCGGGCGCUGCUGUGUGCGAACGUAAUGCCCCAGUUCGAGACACCCGUCAGCGAC